AUGAGUGUGCAGAAUCCAUACUCGGACGUCCAGCUCCCCGCCAAGACCUACUUCGCAAACGAGGCUUUUGAGGCGGACCAGGGCUCCCAGUCCAGCGCCGAUGGCGAGCUGAAGGAGAGGUCCCCUUCUUCCUUCCCGGGGGACACUGCCCAGCGCAACGGGGCUCCCGGGAAAAGCCAAAGCCAGCCCGCCCUGGUGGCUAACCCUUACGGCUCCAUCUACCCACCAGCCGGGAGCUCCAAGCAUCUGGGGGUUGAGGAGGAAGAGGCGAGCCCGCCGUGUGCUUGCUGUCGGCUGUGUAAGUGUUGUCGCUGCUGCUACUCGCACUGUGUACUGUCCUGA